CGCAUGUAUCAGUACGCCGUAAAAAAUACGUUACUGAGCUUACCACUUCACUCAGAGUUUACCAGAGAACCGUUAUCAGCAGUUAGAAAGAGCGAUACGAAAGAUAAACAAAUUGGCGACAUCCUGACCAACCACAGUAAGAUUUGUUCCUCGCUGAUGCAUUCCUAAAAAGUUUGCACUUAAAAGCUUUAUGUGAAAAAAGUCUCCACCAUAUCAUUUGUUGAAUUUCAAGAUUGUGUUGCCACGAACCUCAUGAUGUGCUAAUGAAAAAAAAGCUGAUAAAUCAUCACAUCUUUCUGAAUAAAAGUGGCAACAAUUAGAAAGGCUUGACUUUUCGAAGAUCCACAGUCCUAAUUUGCAUCGUACAACAUGUCUCGAUGGAAUCGAAGAACCAUGAAAUAUGAAAUUCCCUAAUACAUAUGUUUAGAAAAUUUUACCAUUUUACCAUAAUUUUUAUUACUUAUUAGUGCAUAUGUGUUGAGUAAUGUUACUAACAUACAAAUAAGAGGAAUUUUAUUCUUAUGACCCAUGUUAUAAAACAUUCUUCCAAAAAUUACAUUUAGAGAUUUCCCUUUCGAUUCACCAAAUGAAGAAAUUUCAUUUUUGCCAUAUAUGUUGUAACAAACCCUUUUUGGAUAAAGGGAGUUUCAGAAAACAUUUACGUACGCAUACCGGUGAGAAACCGUAUAAAUGUGAAUCUUGUAAUAAACACUUUUCGACUAAUGGCAGUUUGAAAAGACAUUUACGGACGCAUACGGAAGAGAAUCCAUAUGCAUGUGAAAUUUGUAUCAAAUCUUUUUCCGAUAAUUAUAGUUUUAAAAGACAUUUACGUACACAUACGGAAAAGAAACCGUAUCCAUGUGAAUUUUGUAACAAAUUGUUUUCAAAUAGGGGGAAUUUAAAUGUACAUUUACGUACGCAUACGGGUAAGAAACCGUAUAUAUGUGAAUGUUGUAACAAACCCUUUUCGUAUAUAGGGAGUUUCAAAAAACAUUUACGUACGCAUACCGGUGAGAAACCGUAUAAAUGUGAAUCUUGUAAUAAACACUUUACGAUUAAUGGGGGUUUGAUAAAACAUUUACGGACGCAUACGGGUGAGAAGCCAUAUGCAUGUGAAAUUUGUAACAAAUCGUUUUCGAAUAAGUAUAGUUUUAACAGACAUUUACGUACACAUACGGGAGAGAAACCGUAUACAUGUGAAUUUUGUAACAAAACCUUUUCGGAUAAAGGGAAUUUGAACCGACAUUUACAGACGCAUACCCAGGAAAAACGGUUUAUAUGCGAGUUUUGCAAGAAAUCCUUUUCCCAGAACGGUGGUUUAAAAAUGCAUUUACGUACGCAUACGGAUGAGAAACCGUAUACAUGUGAAUGUUGUAACAAACCGUUUUCGGAUAAAGGGAGUUUCAAAAAACAUUUACGUACGCAUACGGGUGAGAAACCAUAUACGUGUGAAUUUUGUAACAAAUCUUUUUCGAAGAGUUCGAGUCUCAAAAGACAUUUUCAUACACAUACGGGAGAGAAACCCUAAACAUGUAAAUUUUAUAAUAAGGCAAAUUCUCAGCGGUAAUAUUUAAAAACUCAUUAACUGUGGCAUGCGAAAGAUAGACUCCACAGUUGGAAUUUUUGUAACAAAGCCGUUACUGCGUCUACUUUAAAAUGAAAUUUACGAAUCUAUAUAGAAGAGAAACCGUAUGUUUGGGAAAUUCGCAGUGAAGUGUUUUCUGAUGGCGUGGAUAAAACUUGCAUUUGAUGAUCCACUUGGAGACAACAACAAAAUAAUGUGCAUGCGACAUUUGCAGUAAAUCAUUUAUUCAGCGUUCUGAUUUAUAGAUACAUCUGCGAACGCAUAUGAAGAGAAAUCGUACACAUGUGACACUUGCAAUAAAGGUCUUCUGAGUCAUGCUGAUUAAAAGAAACAUUUAUUGACGCAUACGAAAGUGAAACCGCAUGCAUGUGACAUCUGUAAAUACGCCUUUUCAAAUUUGAAAAUAUAUUUACGAACGCAUACGAAAAAGAAACCGUAUUCAUGUGACUUCUGUAAUGUAAGAUAAACUCAUUCCAUUUCUUUAAGGAAACAUUUGAAGAAGCAUAUCAUAGAAAAUGAAUGAAUUACACGUCUCUGGGUUUCAAAUAUUGAAAUAAUCUCUUCUAGAAAUUCUAUUUUGUAUGACACAGCACCUAAUGAAUGUUCCCUGUUAUGAUACUGGGCAAUUCUGAUACUUAAAUGAAUAUUCCGACUUUGCAGGGCUCUUGAAGAAAACAAAACAAAGUAAAAUCGUGUUGUUCUUCCGGAAUUACAAAUGGCAGUUGAAAACUUAAACAAUGCAGUUAUAAAUGUUCAUUAGAAGCACCUCCAAAAAUAUGAAAAAUAUCAAGACGAUACGAUCACUCAUGCCAUACCCUUUCAGUCUCUCUAAUAGCAGAGAAAGCCUGCAGAUGUGCAUGUUUCGAGUUUAUGGACAUCAUUUGAUUGCGAAGGAACAAACACCUGCAGUUUAGUCCCAGGAAGAAAGGGGGAGGGGGUCAAGAAUCGUCCUGCAUGCAUUACCGCUAUCUUUCAAAGCUUCACACCGGGCAUGCAGAAAUGUGUGGAUGAGUUAUCGCACUGCUUCGAUAUCCUUCGUGUUUCCGGACGGACUCGCAUUAUAACUGUAUUGAAUUCAAUUUUCAGUUGUUAUUUUUGAAUUCCGAUAAUCAAGAAGAUUGUUUUCUUUUAACAAACCGGCAAAUUUGGGAUUUUCUUGUAUAAUCACCUUGUAUUCUGUGAAACAUAUAAAUGAAUAUUUAUGACUUAAUUACUUAUUUCAUGGGAAGUCAGCUUAUUAAUGCGAAUGUUUUAUACACAUGCGUUAAAAUGCUUCCAAUAAAAAAUUGUAUUUUAUUGAAAAGUAUUGUAAAUUAAAGUACUUUCCUUUUUCUAUUGUGUGUGCUUAUAACUUCUAUAAGUUUUCUUCUGUGACAUUUUGUACCUUCUUAAAGUUUCAUAGCUGUGAUUUAUUAUUGGGAAUAUAAAAUCUAAUAUGCA